AUGGCUUCCGGGAAGGCCGCUGCCCGGGUGGGGCUUCUGGCCCACGUGUUUCUGCAGAACCGGACCUGCUCCCAGCAAGAGAAGGGGGACACAGGUGGAAUCGGCGGCAAGCCGCGAGGGCGCACAAUCUCCUCAGGGGUGCUGCAGGCGCCCCCAGACCAGAGCAGCCACCUGACGCGCCCCCCACCCCCCAUCCUCCCUGGGGAAGUGCCACGCCUCUUCACCCACAAACUCUACACAGGAUGGAAGCUUCAAGUGACCACAGACACACUUGGGUGUGGAGGGAGCGGCACUGCGGGUCCAGAGGAGCUGUCCAUGGAGGACAACCAGCCAAGUUCGCUGAACGGCCACCACAGCAGCUCAGAGACCAAGGUCCCGUCUGAGCCCGUGGACCAGGAGGAUGCCGCGAGCCUCCAGAGGACGGUGUUCGAGAGUCGAAGGUCCAGAGACUCGACCAAGUCCCAGGACCUGGAUGACAGGGAGCUGGGCUUCGAAGUGCAAGAGGAAGAGGCCCUCCCAGAGGAGGAGGUGAACGGAGAGGAAUUCCUGGACACCCAGAACCCAGAAGAGGUGCUCUCGGGGCUGGAGAGUGUUCUGGAGAAGGACAUGGAGGAAGACGUGCCAGAGAUGAGCCAGCUGUCCAUUUCCCAGGGAUCCCCCAGCACCCCCAAAACCAGAUGCAGGAAGAGGCGGCGGAUCUGUGACCUGGCCAGGCCCAAGGUCAGCUGGCAAGUCCUGAGAGACAGGAAGGCUUACAGAUGUAAGGGGUUCACCUGGGUCUCCCCGCGCAUGAAGAGUCUGCAGUUCUGUGUCUACUGGCCAUCCGUGUACUGGACAGAGAAGUUCCUCGAGGACACCACUCUCACGGUCACUGUGCCAGCUGUCUCCCGCCGAGUGGAGGAACUGGCACGCCCUAAGAGGUUCUACUCGGAAUACUACAACAGCAACAGGACCACUCCCGUCUGGCCUGUCCCUCGGUCCACCCUGGAGUACCAAACAUCCGGCCGCCUGAGGGAGCUGGCCACCCCCAGGGUCCGGAACAACAUCUGGAGCAUAAACAUGUCUGAGGUGUCUCAGGUAUCCCGGGCAGCCCAGAUGGCUGUUCCUAGUCGGAGGAUCCUGUGGUUGGCAAAGCCCAAGGUUCCAGCCACCCUGUUGGAAGAGUGGGACCCCAUGCCAAAGCCCAAGCCACAUGUGUCAGACCACAAUCGCCUCCUUCAGUUGGCCAGGCCCAAGGCCCAGUCGGACAAGUGUGUUCCCGACCGAGACCCUCGCUGGAAGGUGCUGGACAGCACCAAGAAGGCGGUGGCCAGCCCGCGGAUCCUCUCGCUGGCCCAGCCCAAAGUGCGCAAGGACCUCAACGAGGGCUACGACCCCUUCUCGGUGUCCCCCGCCUCCCUGGCCGCGCGCGCCUCCCCGCGCCUGUUCGAGCUGGCCACGCCCAAGAGCGUGGCCAAGCGCGCCUGA